AUGGCUUCAUCUGAAGCGAAAGAAGCAACAGGGGACCAGGCAGAGGAGAAGGCUCCAGCAGAAGACAAGACAGAGCCCAAUCAAAUCGAGGUUGUGUCGGUGAGCGAUGAGGACUUGCCCACUGUCGAAACACCCACCACCUUCAACGUGAGUCCCCUGAGCAGUCAGGACAGCCGCCGCCCGCUCAACCACGAGUUCGCCGACCCCGACACCCAGGACCCUCACGUCCCCUCCGUGCCAACUCAGGAGGCCCCCGUUCCUCUGCCGCUCUACAAAAACCAUGACGUCCUGACUCCCUCCAGCCCAGGCAUGCCUGUCAUCAAAGUCCAGCCCUUCUUCGAUGGGCAGGAUCUAUUGGACACAAAGUCUCUAUGCUGGCCGUAUUUGUCGCGCAGACUGUUAGCGCUGUUGGUUAGCUUGUGUGUGCUAAUUGCUCUAAGCCUGGCUCUAGGCAUAGGGUUGGGAGUUGGUCUUAGCUGUGUGGGGAAGUUUCGCUGCGUUUCAUCAGCUCUGUGUAUUAGCCGAUCGGCUCUGUGUGAUGGAGUGAGAGACUGUGGAGACGGAGAAGAUGAACUCAACUGUGUGCGUCUCAGUGGGAAGAACUCCGUCCUCCAGAUCCACAGGAGGGGUGUGUGGAGGACCGUUUGCUCUGAAAACUGGGAGCCUGACCUGGGCCACUCCGCCUGCAGGCAGCUGGGUUACUCCAGCUACGUGAGUUCCAGUUCCGUUCCCCUCUCCGCCGUCGAGUCAGCCUUCCAGAAAAAUCUGGUUACGGUCAAUCUGAGCCAGUCAGACAACCAGCAAACCAUCAAAAUCCACAACGCCACCGACCUCAGUAAGACUCAGUGUAUCUCUGGGAUGGUGACUGUACUCAGAUGUAUAGAGUGCGGCUCCAGGCCCCAGUUCAGGGCUCGUAUAGUGGGGGGAAAUGUGUCCCGCCCGGGCCAGUUCCCCUGGCAGGUCAGCCUGCACUAUCAGAGUCAGCACCUGUGUGGUGGAUCUAUCAUAUCAAACCGCUGGGUACUCACUGCGGCACACUGUGUUUAUGGCUUUUCGGAUCCAGCGUCCUGGGCGGUGCACGCUGGCCUGACGGAGCAGCCCGUGAGUGGAGCUGGAUCUCUGUCUGUGGAGAAGAUCCUCUACCACAGCAGUUACUUGCCCGGGGGGUUGGAUUACGAUAUUGCUCUGUUGAAGCUAAGAAACCCUCUCACUUUCGAUGGUCUGGUGGAGCCCAUCUGUCUGCCAAAUUAUGGAGAGGGCUUUGAGGUGGGGCACAUGUGCUGGAUCUCAGGCUGGGGAGCCACACAGGAUGGGGGGGAGGCCAGUGUUUCCCUACGUUAUGCUCGGGUGCCACUCCUCCCCAGAAAAGACUGUCAGAGACCAGAGGGUUACCAGGGCUCCAUCACUGCAUGGACGAUAUGCGCGGGCUACACUGACGGAGACUCAGACACAUGCCAGGGUGACAGCGGGGGACCACUGGCCUGUGAGAACUCGGGGUGGAAGCUCGUGGGGGCGACCGGCUGGAUGCAAGGCUGUGCCGAGGAGAAGAAACCGGGGCUUUACACCAGCGUCUCACACUCUCUCAGCUGGCUCCAACAGCAGAUGGAGGUGUUCACGUACUCCCAGUACCACUGCACUUUAAUGACCGGGGGUCAGCUCCCGUCGGUCAGUAUAAAGGUAUACAUUAGGCUUGUGGAAGGCAAAAACUGA